UCCCAAAGCCCUUUUUUUGAAGCUCCAAGCUCGACAUUCCUCAACGUCUCCGAUAAAACUACAGCCAUGGCAGAGGUAUCGGUCGCUGAGCCCCAGGCUCCCAUUUCCACAAAUUCCCCCGAACCGGUUGACACCAAUGCCGACGAGAUGACCGUGGCGACAACCGUCGCGACGGACGACACACCGCAAGGAGAUCAACAACUCCAAACUGUCAAGAAGACCAAGAUCAUUCGCAGGAAGAAGCGGCCCGCGAGGAUACAAGUUGACCCAUCGACGAUCCAGCGCGAACCCGCGCAGCAACCUGGGUUGGAUUACAAUAUUUGGUAUAACAAAAGUGGCGACAACGAAGACAAGUACGGACUCAGUCAGCCGGCGACGAGUCGGUGCAAUGUUGCGCGUGACGCUGGAUACACUCGCGCUGAUCGUGUGCCCGGCUCUUUCUUCUGCUUGCAUUUCGCUCGAGGUGUCUGCGUGAAAGGCCAAGAUUGUGAAUACUUACACCGUAUACCCACCCUUCACGAUAUUUUCAAUCCAAACAUGGAUUGUUUUGGGCGGGAUAAGCACAGCGAUUACAAGGAAGAUAUGUCUGGUGUGGGUUCGUUCAUGCGCCAGAACCGCACAAUCUAUGUGGGAAGAAUCACAGUCUCGGACGAUAUUGAAGAGGUUGUCUCAAGGCAUUUCGCGGAAUGGGGCCAGGUAGAGAGAACGCGUGUUCUCACUGGCAGAGGUGUCGCCUUCAUAACCUAUAGUCACGAAGCCAAUGCUCAGUUCGCCUUGGUAGCAAUGGGAAAUCAAGCUUUGGACCAUGAAGAAAUCUUAAACGUGCGCUGGGCUACUGCUGACCCGAACCCCAUGGCACAAAAGCGUGAGGCACGUCGGUUAGAAGAGCAGGCUGCCGAGGCCGUGCGCCGGGCUCUUCCCGCAGCUUUUGUAGCAGAGAUUGAAGGCCGCGACCCCGAGGCCAAGAAGCGAAAGAAGAUCGAAGGAACCUUCGGAUUACAGGGUUAUGAUGUUCCAGACGACGUGUGGCACGCCCGGACACGUCAAUUGGAGGAUGCAAGCCAGGCUGCCCAGCUAGAGGCACCUGUACAAUCGAUGAUGAUUGAGUCUGCUCCUGUUCCGGUGCAGGAGCAACAGCGACAGAGCAACGGUAUCUUCUCCAGUUCUGCUGUUGCGGCCCUGCGGGGGCUUAACGGCGGAGUAGUCAGUACACAAGCACCCAAGGCCACCGGUGGCCCCUUAGUCGCCUAUGGUAGCGACGACGAGAGUGAUUGA